AUGGCUUUACUCGGAUUAAAAAGGAAACAACCCAAGAAACAAGUUUCAGAUUCCGAUGAAGCUAGCCACAAUGAAAAUGCCACCUCGGAUGAGGCAUCUUCAGAUGAGGAGGCUCCACAGGCAGGCAACAGCGGUUGGGCUGAUUCCAUUGCAAAAGUUCUAAGCACAUCGAAACCAAAAACUAAAAAGACUCUAGUCCUGUCCAGAGCUAAAAAAAUCAAACCAGACGAUAAGAAAAAAGCCGAGGAAGAUUACGGUUUUGAAAUUGAUGGUGAAAUUAAGAAAGAAGAAAUCAAAAAAGAAGUAAAAGAAGAACCUGAAGAUGUUAAACCACCGAGAAAUCUAAAACUAGAACUGCGUGUCAAACCAUCAUGGAAGGAUAUAGAGCGUGAGCGUGCCCUGCGUAAAGUUGCCACCAAGGGUGUAGUUCAACUAUUCAAUGCCGUGCGUAUUCAACAAAAAGAUUUGCAACAUCAGUUGGAGGAAGCCGGUCCUUUGGACAGUCGGAGAGAAGCUGUUUUGAAAAAUAUCGAUAAACGUAAAUUUUUAGAUGUCCUCAUGGGCGGCAAACGUGCCAAAUCAGAAGCUGUCGAUAAUGCGGUCAAGAAUGAAAAUGACGACAGUAGCGAUGAAGAAUAUGAUAAUAAGAAAAAGAAAUCCGAAUGGAGUGUACUGCAGGAUGAUUUUAUGACAAACAAGAAAAAUAAACACUGGGACGAAGAAGAUGAGGACGACGAUAAUGCCGAUGGCAACAAUUCAAUUGAAAGUGAUGGGGAUGAUGAUUAA